GCCGAGCCUUUUUCUUUUUUGAAAUUGAUGUAACAUUCUGCGGACUUGUGCAAAUUCUUUGGUUCGUUGAAUGCUUGUCGGGAUCCAGCUUGGGGCAUUGGCUGAAGGCACACGUGUGCAUGGAGUGGGAAAAUGGAAUGCGAUUCUGAGUGACCCUCGACUCAGUCGCGUGCUGAAAUCCCGUACGGCUGCAGACCUGAAGGAAGAAUGGCAGGCCUUCCAGAUUGAUCUGAAGGCAUACAUCAUGGAGCACGGAUGUCCGCCGCCAGCUUUGGAACUCCACGGUCACACGUGGGAAUGGACAGAGAUCAGCGCGUGUUUGAAAUCGCAUCAAGAUUUGGCACGUUUUGCACUCGCCAAACCAGAAGAGCCACCGCCGCCGCCACCUCCGCCUCAGCAGCCGCAUCAGCAUCAGCACCAGCAUCAGCAGCAGCCGCCUCCACCGCCACUGCCGCCUCAGCCACAAAACCCAGCGGCAGAGUUUAAUCAGGAAGGGGGUGCACAGCCGCCAACUCACCAAAAGCAGAAACAAAAGGCAUCACGACCGAAACCGACACUUUUGUCACCAAGCAGGUUUUCUCGGCCUGUGAGUGGCCGCGCAGGGUUAUGGACGACGGAGGAGAUUGCGGCACUUGAGCAGGGUGUCAAGACUUAUGGAGAGGGAAAUUGGUCUGCUAUUCUGCACGAUGCGAAACUUAGUAGAAUUAUCAGUAGGAGGACAAGCAUAGAUCUGAGGGUGAAAUGGAAAGCGAUGAAAGUUGCCGCGAUGAAGGCUGCGCAAAACAGCAAUCGCCGGCAAAUUAUUCCGGCAGCUCCAGCGGCUCCGCAGGCGCGAAUACAAGAGUUGGCGGAGUGCAGCUGGGGCGAGAAUUCUGAAUCCGUCAACUUUGAGGCCAGGCAAGAACCUGCUGUGCUUCCUGCAGAGGAGGAGCGUCGGGAAGAUUCAGCGGGUAAUGCAAGGCCUCCAGGGUUCAAACAACCAAGGUGCUUCAUCAGUGGACAUGGUGGUCCCUGGUCGAAGGAGGAGAUUAGUGCUCUGUGUGAUGGGGUGAGGAUGCACGGGGAGGGUCAGUGGAAGAGAAUCUUGCAGGAUCCAAGAUUUGCAUCUGUUCUUAAAUCAAGAACAAAUUUUGAUCUGAAGGACAAGUGGCGAUUCUUCAGGAAGACAAAGCAGUAUAAAGCCAUGGAGGCACUCCGCGAGCAGUUCUUUUCGGCUAACGGGAUGGCCGAGCAAAUGCAAUCAGUUCCUCCCCACGCAUUUAUGGGUGCGCAAAUGUGUGUGGGGAUGGCAGCGCCAGGGGUCUUAGUCCCGCGGAUGGAGUGCGACAUGCAGGGAUUCAAUGGACUGGCUGAGCCACUGGAAGGUGACCAGUCAGGGAUGUACAUACCCAGGAACGGAGACUCUGAAAAUACAGUCAUGAAGGAGUCCUAUUCCACAGCUCCACCUAUGAAUCCCAUGGGUGCAAUGGCCCCUCCUAUUGCUCUACUUCACCACCAGUCCUCGCCGGUGCCAAAUGGGCAGGCCCCCGCGGAGGCUGGGAGUGGAUGGAAGAAGAAGAAAAAUCAGUGGACGGACGAAGAGCUUGCAGCGUUAUGUGAAGGUGUAAAGUUAUAUGGUGAAGGAUGCUGGCGGAACAUCCUGAAUGAUGCGCGAUUGUCUCAGACUCUGAAGAGUCGGACAAAUGUAGAAUUGAAGGAUAAAUGGCGGUUUUUCCGAAAGAGUGCCGCAGGGGUCGAGUUAAUGGACCGGAUUCGACGACGUGACGGGGCCGGUGAGGGCAUGGUACGAAGGGAGGAGGGAGAGAACGGAGGAGGUCCGGCAAACAAGAUGAACGAAGAAACCCAACAAUGGGAGAGUGCAGGUGCUCUAGGAAUGAUGGGUGACGGGUUGUUAAUGGAUGCGGACAUAAACCAGUGCCUAAGAACCACCGCAACUGGUCUGUACUCUGGACGGGUGCUGUACACACAGAGCCGGGACAUGAAGGCGGCACAAGCGCGCGGCUUGUUUGCACAGCCGCAGAGCAGCGUUAUGCGGCAGAGCAGCGUCAUGCGGCAUAGAUCUGCCGUUUAGGGAGAGCUCUGCGGCACGGAUCUGCCCUGAACCCAGAUGUACACACAUACGUCUGCGAGCUGGAUUCGUUUGUGCUCGGAUAUGGUCUCGGACGAGUGUGCUGCGGAGAUUUCACACCUUGCGGAUUGUUCUCCUUUCCCGAUGGCAAGCUGCCCCGCCUACUCUUCCGGGAAGAUGCACUCUCGAUGCGGGACUGUUUUUCCCCGAAGAUGAAGUUAUUUCCGCUUCCACUAGCUCUCUUGGGUGCCAAGUUAUUUUAAGGUCAGUACUGGGGUGGUUGGGUCAUGCUGCUCACAGACGUGGGCCAUCGCAUGACAACACAUUUCUGUUAGUGGAAAUUCUAGUUUCCUCCUGAUAGCGAUCCUUCCUUGGCAAGCCCACCGUCUCCCGCCCGAUACUCUCUCUUGUCCUAACACACACAACAACGUCGCUUUCCCCGCCUUCUUGCCAUCGCGUUGGCUUUUCGGUUUGGAAUUCCUCCGCCACAGUAAUGGUUUUGCUUGCUUAGGUUGUCCAGUGAUGUAAUGUUGCCCUUCUAAAACUCUUGCUAGGGUACGAGGGAUCCUGGGAACCAUCUCCGAGUCCUCACGGAACUUGCACUGGUCCACAAGGAAUGCUCAAGCGUACUAGACAUUGAGAGAGGAUAGUUACGUAGAUUUGUUUGUCAAAUUGCACUGGUGGUGUAUAUCGUGUGAUUAGAAUACGUCAAGUUAUGCAAUUCUGAUCGCCACCCUUGGUUUGACGACCGAACGGGUGGACCCAUGAGUCGGACAAGACAAGGCCUGAGAAUCUUCUUCUUGUUGAUUUGCCGGACAUGUUCGUUCUGUUGGAUGAGUGGCUCGACUACUUAUUGUGGCUUCUUCAACACUCUGCACCCUCGAAUAACCAUCGACUGUGUCUUAAAGUGUGCACGUUUGUUCUUUCCAUAAUCCAUGCGUAUGCUCUCUUCUUCAGGAUCAAGACGACUCCUAUGAUGGUGCCGACUCUGAUGAUGACUGUGCUGCUGGAAGCGAGGACAAGAUAUCACUGAGUGGGGACGACCGCACAUCGAAAGCUCUGACUAGGAGUGAAUCUGACGACGGCACCGUAGGUGGCCCUCCUUUUCGCCGGAAACUAAAAAUUAUGCGCCAUCUUGGGCUCGCGCCUCCUGAGGACUCUGCAUUUGUGCAUACGCCGCCGCCUUGGGUAAGCCGGUCAUGAAUCAUCAGAUUUUGUUUCUCGUCUUGUAGCCCUCCGUAACACUUUGAAUUUCUCAUCGAUCAGUCCCCAAAAGAGUUUUGGGUAACAUUUUUGUUUUUCGAUGCCUCACGGCUUUCUCCUGCUCCCGUCUUCCCAGAGCACCUGAAAAGAGUUUUCACAUUUCCCUCCCUUUUUCUCGUCUUUCGGGGGCUCGCUCCACUUUCUCCCCCCUCUUCCGUCCAUCUCAUAUUCUUCCUGCUGGGUUGUUGACUGCUGAGAUUCUGGGCGCAUUUCGAGUCUAGGUUCAUUCAGGUAAAGUGGGGGAGGGACGGAGGGAGGGAAUGGAAUUCUUAAGAGCGUGAUUUCAUGUUGUCGUCGUCCGGACUGCUGUGGUGGCGGUAGAGACGGGUGAGUCCAAACUUGCGGACACUGAGCCUGAGCUUUCCUGCUUUUCUCUUCGCUCACCGUCGGCUCACGUGCAUUUUUUUUUUCACAUCCGGAAAACUGAAUUGCCGACUACUACUGUACCUCCAAGACUUUCUUGGGCUCACCGUCGGCUCACUGAAUUGCCUGGUGAUUUCUAGUUAGAUGGUGCUGGCAUUACUUGCCAAAGUCCGCGGCGCGGGUUUUUAUCCGACGGCAGGUUGGAAGGGGGCAUUACUCUGCGGAUGGAUACCAGUUGAUGCCGUCAUAGAAUAUUGGGAAUUGGUGUGAGAGCUCGCUCGCAUGAGGAGAUGCUCGGACGUUGCUUCAUGAUGCUUCUUGAGGGCUUUUCCCUUUCUACGGUGCAUUGAUGUUAAUA